UUGUUCUGUGGACGUCUGUGUUUACUGUGACUUCUCAGCCAUUUUGACCGACAUUUGGAAAAACUUUAGACCAGAUAUUUCAAUUUAUGGUGCCAAUUCCAGGCAACUGUUGUCUUAAAUUCGGUAGAGAAGACAAAAUAUCAAUGAAUAGGAAUGAAGAGGACGGUGAAUUUAUAUCUGGCGUUGUUGAAGGGUUUUACGGUAGGCCAUGGACAUUUGAUCAACGUAAGGAAUUAUUUAGUAGGUUGAAGAAAUUAGGGUUAAAUUUUUACCUGUACGCACCUAAAGAUGAUAUUAAACAUCGAGCAUUAUGGAGGGAACUAUAUACCUCAGAGGAGUUAGAUAACCUGAAGUCAUUAAUAAGUUGUGCAAGAGACCAUAAUAUAGUCUUUAUAUAUGCAUUAUCACCUGGCUUGGAUAUGGUGUUCUCAAGUUCCAAGGAAGUUGACACUUUGAAAAAAAAGAUAAAACAGAUAGCAGAUCUUGGUUGUAUAGCAUUUGCUUUGCUUUAUGAUGAUAUAGAUCCAGAGAUACGUCCUGCCGACAAACACGCCUUUCAGUCAUUUGCUCAUGCACAAGUUACAGUAACAAAUGAUGUGUUUAAAUUCUUGGACAAACCCAAAUAUUUUUUAGUCUGCCCUACAGAGUAUGCAGCCUCACGAGCCGUCCCAACUGUUGAUAAAUCAUCAUAUCUUUCCACUUUGGGAAAUAAACUUCAUCCUGACAUUGAUAUCAUGUGGACAGGUCCAAAAGUUGUUUCAAAAGUUAUCACAACACAUUCAAUCAGAGUUGUUACAAAUGUUCUAAAACGUAAACCAAUCAUUUGGGACAAUAUACAUGCAAAUGAUUACGACCAGCGACGAUUAUUUCUUGGACCUUAUGACGGUCGUCCAAUUCAUUUAUAUACACAUCUUCGUGGUAUUCUUACAAACCCUAAUUGUGAAUUUGAAAGUAACUUUAUUGCAAUACACACUUUGGCAACUUGGAUCAGAAGUGCUCAUGUGACUUUUUAUGGUGAAGACGAUGAGGAGAAUUCUUCUAAUACAAAGGAAAAUAAGGAUGUUAUUGAACCAAUGGAAGAUGAGUCUGUUGUUGAUUCAAAUUUAAAUGACAACCAAACAGAAAGCAAAGACUUAGAUGUUGAUUCAAAAGACGAGAAAUUAGACUCUAGUAUGGAGACUGACACAGAAGUAGAAACAAACACUACAAAUACUGAAGUUGUUGAACCAGUUUUACCAAAGUCUAUUACAAUUCUCAAAGCUUAUGAUCCUGAAGAAGCCUUAAAGCUUGCAGUUACAGAAUGGCUGCAGGAAUUUAGUAAUCCUAAAAGCGUCAUAUUUAGUACCUACGCCAAAAGCGGGGCAUUUUCUGUCGUGAACAACUCUACACCUGUUCAAAGUACAUCAAGCAUACCGGCUAAGACGGACGUAACAAGCACGAUUCUUACAGACUCAGUUAAAGUCGUGGCAACGCCAUCGCCAAUCAAAGCAGCAAAGGAGAAAAGUAGAAAUAAAAUUAAAAAAGACAUGGAAGCUGAACAUGGUCCAACAGCAGAAGCAAGUGUUGGUGAAGAGAUGGAAGUUGUUGAAGCCAAAACUGAAGUUAAAGAUGAAACUGAACAACAGAAACAUGAACUACCAUUUCGAUUAACUGUCGACGAUCUUCUCUUAUUGGUUGAUUUCUUUUAUCUUCCUCAUCAGCAUGGCAAGAGAGCACUCCAGAUUCUUAAUGAGUUCCGAUGGUUGAAGGCAAAUUCUAUCAAGUCAGAUGAGUUGUCAGACACAGAGAGCGCUAAGAAGGUCGUAGAAUGGAAGCAACGAGCGAAGCUGUUUCAUGGUUAUGUCGAAAAUGUUUCACAGAUGUUCAUUCGUCUCUCUGACACACCGAAUCGUGCAAUUCUUUAUGAUUUAUUUCCAUACGUUUGGGAUGUGAAGGAAGUUGUGCUUUUGCUUGACUCUUUUGUGAACUGGCUUGACUCCAAGACAAAGAAACGAAAAGAGAAAUCGUUUAUUCCAGAUGACCCGGAACCUUGGGUAAUUCGAGGUGGAAUUUGUGGUGAAAUGCAGCGUCUGCUUCCAAUGUUGGAAGGUGGAAGUGAUUUGUUUACCCAAGGUGCUCCACAGGUUCCAACAUCGAGUGUUUAUACCAUACGACCGUUUACUGUUGCUGAUAAGGAUGAGCUGUACGACAUUUGCCUCUCGACUUGUGAUGAUGGUCAGGACGGACAUGAUUUGUUUCCCAACGAACCAAACAUGGCCGGCGAUAGGUUUAUAGGUCCGUACAUGAGUAUUUGUCCGGAGACAGUUUUUGUAGUUGAAGAUAAGUUUGGUUUAUGUGGUUAUGGUGUGGCAGCCGCCGAUGGACGGAAUUUUUAUGAUCAGUAUAAAGACGAAUGGUUGCCAAAAAUGUGUGAAAAGUACAGUAAACCCAGCGGUGAUCCAAGUGAAUUUCUUUAUUCGGAACAAAUAGCUGACAGUUUUCACAACCCUUCUACAUUUCUACCUGAUGAAUUAUAUAACAAAUAUCCUGCCCUUGUGAGAAUUGAUCUCUUGUCACGAGCACAUAGUCUUGGUAUUGGUAAACGUCUCUUGGCCUGCAUCUUGUCCGUUUUGAAAUCUGAAGGUUGUCGUGGAGUUUAUGUUGAAAUUGCAAGUACGAACAGGGAUGCUUUAGACUUUUAUUCUGGAUUGGGUUUUGCUGACGUUCCCUCGUUGAAAAAUAUUCCUGAAGAUAUUGUGGUGUUAGGAAGAACAAUCUAAUCUAGUUGCACGAGACUGAUUUAGUUAGCAAUUUUUUGACAUAGAACUAAUGUGAAUAUAGUUUGACAAACAGGAAGUUUGAAGUUCGAAAUUGUAUUGCAAUAUAGUGACCUUGAAUAAUCAUUAUUUGCUGUCA